UUUUAGUUUAAAUUGUGAUGUGUUUUUUCAUUUUAUUUCUAUUUAUGUAUUUAUAUGUGUUUGCCUAAACAUGAUGAAUUUAGGUCUACUAAUUUGUAGAUCGUAUUGUUAACUCAUUGCUGGAUGCGUUAGUGAUAAGCUGUAAUAUAUGAUGAAGUAAGUUUUUUUUUCUUUCUUACGACUGUAGUUUAUAUCCUUUAGGAUUUUCACCUGAAUAUAUUUUGUCCCCAUGGAAAGAGUUUCAGGCGCGAGGCUAUAAUCAGUGUCAAGAAAACGAAAAAAAAAUGGGAAUCUUAGAGACUGUUUCCUUUCUUCUUCUCCGUUUACAUUUCAGCCUAAUCACUGUCACAGAAGAAGAAAAUAAUAAUUCAUUGCACACACUGAUCAAACCGAAUAGACUCCUGUAGAAUACAACUGGAACACUUCAGCUUUAAUUUUCUACAGUCAUCACAGCCCGGACCUCGUACAGCAGAACACGGGACAGAGCAGCGUCACACAGGUUAUCUUUCAUCAAUAAAAUAUUAACAGCUAUCAAAUUAUGUUCAGAAAAUCCCUUCCAGAUUAUCAAUUACACCUGGAGAAAUGGAGAAAAUAAUGCGGUAAGAAGAGGACACACGCACGCACACACAUUGACCGGGUGGGGGGUAUAAAUCUACCCACCGACCCAAAUAUACCAAUUAUAAAUGUACAAACACCUCAAUUAUAGACAAGCAUAGCUCACAUUUUAUUGUGGGCCAACUCACAUCCCCGCCACACACACACACACACACACACACACACACACACACACACACACGGGACCACACAUGACUGGUGUGCGCUCCCGGCUGUGAUUUACGCUCUCCAAAUUCAUUUUAAUGCGGUCGGUAUUAUCUGCAAAGCGCCGGGAAUAUGUUUUAUUAUUCGGUUGCCUCUGGUGGUGCAGCAGCAAUCGGGGAUGGUGCGCGUGCGUGUGUGUGAGCUGCUGGUUUUUAUGGGUCCAACAACAGACGGAGGAAGACACACAGGGAGAAAAAGAAUCAAUUUAACGCGCGGAGGAUUCCGGUGUGAUUGCGCAAUCUCACCGGAACCGGAGGAAGAUUAGAAAGAGAGAUUGAAUGAGAAUUAGGAAGAGAGAAAGGGAGUGGGAGAUUGAAAAAGGGAAAUAGGAAAGAGGAGAGGUGGUGGGGGAGAGGGGGUCGCGGUAGAGUCCCCCCCUCCUCUCUCCAACGAAAGGAAAAGGGGCGAACGAAUGCCAGGCACGGAAGUUUCACAUUGGUCAGUCUGAGGUCAGCUGGUCUCCCCCCUUCAUACCCCUCCUCACCCUAUCCCGUCAUCUCCGCACAGAAACACACACAGACUCUCUCUCUUGUUCUCGCCCUGUGUCUCUCUCUCUCUCUCUCUCUCUCUCUCUCUCUCUCUCUCUCUGCCCCACACUGGCAUUCAUCCACCCAGAUACCUACCCCCCUUCUCACCCUCUCACCCUCACCCUCCUUACCCCCCUCCUCCCAAUCUGCGAUAAACUAAGUGAUAGCAGCAGCCUGUCGGACUGUCGGCUAUAAAACACAACAAAUCAUAAAGUGCAGGCAGGGGAAAGCAGAGGAAGGAGGACGGGUGGGAGAACCGUUAGCCGUUAGCCGUUAGCCUCCUUCUACUCCUCCUUCUUCUUCGUCGCGUGAACGUUGUUGUUGUGCUUGUUUCGUGCCCUCCUGUCCUCCCCUCUCCUCUUCUUCUCCUCUCCUCUCUCCUCUUCCUUCUUCUCAUACUUUCUCCCGAUGAGUUCUUAUUUUGUUAACUCCUCUUUCCCGGUGACGCUACCGGGAACGGGUGGAGGCGGGCAGGCGGCGGAGUCGUUCCUUGGUCAGAUCCCGCUCUACUCGUCGGGAUAUGCCGCUGACCACCCGCUCAGGCACUACCCGGCAGCAGCCGUUACCGCUGCCGCGGCCGUGGCUUAUGGCGCGAGCGGCGGUGGCGUGCACCAGGACAAACCGUACUCGGCGUCCACCUACUACCAGCAAGCGGCGAACGGAGCGUACAGCGGGCACCGGGCAGCGGCAGCAGCGGCCGGGGUCAGUGUAGGUGGCGCAACCGGAGCCGGUGCCUGCGACUACGCCACGGCGGCGGCAGCAGCGGCGGCUGCGGCGGCGGCCACGAGCUUCUACCGGGACAAGGAGCACCCGUGCAGCCUGGAAGAGCACCAGCUCGCGCUGAGCCAGGACGGCAUGCACCGUAAGGCGGAGUGCGCGGGGCUGAGUGGGAAAGUGCUGUUUGGUGAAGCGAUGGACGACAAGCAAUCGGCGUCAGCCCCCAUUUAUCCGUGGAUGCAGCGGAUGAACGCGUGCAACGGGACAUUCGGCAGCCCCGGGAGGCGCGGGCGGCAAACUUACACGCGCUACCAGACUCUCGAGCUGGAGAAGGAGUUUCACUUCAACCGGUACCUCACACGGCGGCGGCGGAUCGAGAUCGCGCACGCGCUCUGCCUCACAGAGCGGCAGAUCAAGAUCUGGUUCCAAAACCGGAGGAUGAAGUGGAAGAAGGAGAACAAGCUGAUCAACUCCUCUUCUUCUUCUUCAUCCUCCUCCUCUUCCUCCACGGUGAACGGUGCAGAGGAAGAGGAGAAACGGACGGAGUGAAAGAGGAGAAACAAACUGACUGUAAGACACAUAAAAGAGGAGGAUGGAAGAAAAGACAUGCUGGUUAAUUCCUUCCCCUCACCGUCUCAAGGUUCACCCAGAAGUUUGUCUGGUGUAAAAACUUUGGGGAAAAGUAGCCUACAUUUUAUUUUUUAUUUUUGUUUUUUACCGGAGCAGAGGUUAAACACGUACUAGAGAAGGAAGAGGAAGAAGAGGAUUCCUUUUUGAUCCCUCUAAUAUCGCCACCCACCACAAAUGUAGGCUACCCAACUGCUUCUAUAGGCUGAAUUUGCCUCUUUGUGUGGUUUGAAAAUUGGUAAAUAAUUUGUAAAAGAUUAAAGAAGGAACCGUGGGACUGUGGAAAGAACAGAUAAAAUUAGGAAUUAUAAAAAGACAAACAAGAACAUAAAAAAGAGAGAGGGGAUGGUGGUGGGGCAGGUUAUGGCAAACAUAGUGAAUUUAAAAUCUACUAUAAAUACCGCCAAACUGACAAACUGUAAGACACAAUUCAUUGUUGCAUUCCAUGAAAACCACCGAACUUCUUAUUCUACUUAGUUUCUAUUUUUGUCAAAUGUACUUCCUGUCUGUCAGGCACUUGUUUUGAAGCUUUUAGGACUCGAAUUGGGGCUGUUUUCCCCCCGAUUUUUUUUUCUUUCUGAUUUUGUAAACGUGUUGUGUGUAUUAUAGCCUACCGUCAAUUAAACACGUGGAUACACACAACAAUGUGGGGAUGAAAAGCAACUGGAGAAGUUUAUGUAUGUCAUAUGGUGUUCAUAUUUAAACUGUAUAGAAAUAAGCAAGGGAAGAAAUCACCUUGAACGGUGAAAAUAAUGUAAGUGGGGGUGGGGGUAAUUUAACCUUUCCAGCUGUUUCACUAUAGAUGGGGCGCGUGGGAGGGGGUGUUAACCUACUGAUGAUGUUAUUCUCCAAACUACCUUAAAACGUUCAGGAAAGUGUAUAUUUUAUUGAGUUUUACAUUGUUUGUUUAUGUUAGUGUUUUUUGUCAAGUAAUUACGUAUACUACCUAUGAGCUAUAAGAAAUGUUCAAUAAAUUGUAAAGACAUGUAUGGAGAGAGA